CUUGUUUGAUCUGCGCCAUCCCUUUAUCCUUAGCCUCACCUGUGCCUUUAUUUUGAAGGGCAGACUCCUCAGCCGGAAGUGGCAAUUUCCUGCUAUGAUGUCGCUUCUGACUGGAAACUGCUGCAGGCAGUGGAACGGCACCGGCUGCCUUUUGAAGUAGUUUAGGGGUUUUAAGUGAAUAGACUGACUUUUGUCCGCUGGAGGUCAUUUUAAACGUUGGACCCGUGUCAGAGCCGACUGCACCUUCUCACAGCUUACUGAACCUGUCAUGCAGAACCAGAACCGUCAGACGAGACGCAAUGUGGACUUUCAGCCCGUGGGUUCUGCUGCCUCCCACCUACUCCCUGUGCACAGCUGCCGGACUGUGGAUCGUAUACUUUGUAGCCCUUGAGGAUGAGAUGAUCGCGCCUCUGACUGCACAAUUCAGGACAACCAACAGAUCUUUAUAUCCCCCAGUCGUCAGUAUUGCAGGAAACUUUCCACCAGCUAGCUGCAUCUUCAGUGAGGUCAUGAACCUGGCAGCGUUUGGGGGGUUUAUUAUUGCCCUUCUCAGAUAUUUUCAGCUGAAACACCUAACAGACAAGCCGUUCUUGAACGUCAUCAGUCUGGCAGCUUUCUCCGUCGGCUGCUUUGGGAUGACACUAGUUGGAAACUUCCAGCUAUUCAAUCAGGAGAGGAUUCACAACUUUGGCACGUCUUUGACGUUCGGACUGGGAACCGUGUUCUGCUGGGUGCAGUCCUACAUGACCCUGAGGGUGAACCUGCAGAACAGGGGACUGAAGGUUGCAGUGGUUCGAUUCCUGUUGUGUGGAUGCAUCACUGUCUGCUUGAUGCUCUACCCCUUCCUGUUGUCUCAGGACAUCACCCUGCCAGCGGCCCGCUGCCAGUGGUCGCUCGUCAUGUUCUUCCUCAUGUUCCUCAGCACUUUCGCCAUCGACUUCCAACACUACCACUUCCAUGUGAUGUGCAGAGAGAUGUCUUCGUUUCCCAUCAGCACAUCAGAAACCGUCACUGACAUGUCCAGGUCACAGUCGAACCAACUCUAGGGGGAUGAACUGAACUCAUUGUUCCAACUGAACAUCCAGGUGCAAAUGUGUCUAAUGGCAGGCUAUGAUGGUAGCCUCAUCCACAGUCACGUGAUCACUGCUUUAGGUAUGUUACAUCACUGCAUUUAAAAGUGUUCCACAAUUGUUAUAAAUGCAUGUUGCACAGCAUCAGAUCCGUCUAUGAAGCACUUUUAUUUUCAGUAACUGCUGCUACACAAAGGUUAUGUGGAGAAAUGCUGCUGUCACUGAUGGGCUACUGCAGCUGUUUGUAUUGUAUUUUGUCAUUGAAAUUAUUAUUUUUUUCCUCUUUAUCACCUUUUGCCAUUUUUGUAUUCCCUUCAUAUAUGAAUAUAUUGUGAACAAACUGUAUCUGUUUUACCCCUGACUUUACUCAGCUGAGAACUGUUGCGUAUGCUGUAUGAAGGGACCACAACUUGGGUCCAUGUCAUCAAUAAAGUCUUGUUCUAAUAAGAAAA